AUGAAGAUAGAUGCUCUCACCAGAAAGUUCGACGCACUCACAGUGAGCCAGUCCAUUAAUGCAGCCAAUGCAUUCAAUGUUGAUAGUUGUUCCAUCUGUGCUAGUCAUUUGCACUUAGCACAGAACUAUCCGUCUUUACCGGCUUUUGUCGAGUGCACGAUGGAACAAGUGAACGCUUUCAAUGAUUAUAGGAAGCAAUCAAGUGGACCAUAUUUGGAAACCUAUAAUCUGGGGUGGAGGAACCACCCCAAUUUCUCAUGGAAGCAAAACCAAUUGAUGAAUCAGGAAAGAGCUCCUCUUCAUGCUCAAAAUCAAUACCCUCAAGGAUUUCUUCCACUGGUUCCGAAUCAUAGUCGCUCGGCUCAUCCAACGCCACCUUCGGCAUUCCAAGCUCCCAAUCAAGUGUCAGCAUCCUCUUCACAGUCAUCUCUGGAAGAUACUCUCAAGGAAUUCAUGAAGCUCACCGGUCAAUCCAUAAGUGAAGUAAGGAAUGCUAGCAUGGUAAACACCCAAGCAAUUGCUAAGAUGAAGAGUCAAAUCGGACAAAUAGCAAAUCACUUGGGUGAAAGAGAGAAGGGAAAGUUCCCAAGUCAGCCCGUGCUCAACCCUAAGGGACAAUUUAUGGUUGGAAACUCUUCAAAUCCUGCGCAUGGGCAGGAACAUGUGCAAGCAAUUGUCACACUUAGGUCAGGGAGACAAGUGGACAAUAAAGUGGUUCAACAAGAAGUGAACCCUGUUGUGUCGGAAGGGCAAGAAAGUCCCAACAGUGAGGGAAGAGAUGUUGAGCCUUCAAGAGUCACACCCAUUGUUGAGGAUCCCCCAAGGAAGUUUAUUCCUAAAGCGCUUUACCCUGAAAGAUUGCAAGCGCCUAAGAAAGGAGGGAAAUUUGAGGACAUUUUGGAGGUGUUCAAGCAAGUCCAAAUUAAUAUUCCGUUUUUGGAUGCCAUCCAACAAGUGUCAUCAUAUGCCAAGUUCUUGAAGGACUUGAUCACUGUCAAGAGGAGGACAAAUGUCUCGAAGAAGGUGUUUUUGACAGAGCAGGUAAGCUCAAUUCUGCAAUGUAGAGCUCCCAUUAAGAAUAAGGAUCCUGAAAGUCCUACCAUUUCUUGCAUGAUUGGGGACAACCGCAUGGAGAAAGCCCUUUUGGAUUUGGGAGCUAGUGUAAAUUUUCUGCCUUAUUCGGUAUAUCUGCAGUUGGGUUUAGGGGAAUUGAAACCCACAUCAGUGAAACUGCAGUUGGCAGACUGA